AAGCAUUUGAGAUGUGGUGCUAUCGUCGCAUGCUUCGUAUCAGCUGGAUCCAGAAGGUCACUAACGAGGAGGUUCUGAGACGAGUUGUAAUGGGGAAAAAACUUAUGCGAAACAUUAAGCAGCGAAAAGUUGCGUACCUGGGCCACGUGUUGCGCCAUGACCGCUACCACCUCCUUCAGCUAAUAAUAAUGGGUAAAAUCCAGGGAAAACGGCGUGUUGGCCGAAGGAAGAAGUCAUGGCUUCGCAACGUCAGGGAGUGGACAGGUAUUGCGAGUGCGGAGGGGUUGCUGCAUCUGGCGCAGGACAAGACGCGGUUCAGAGAACUGACGGCCAACCUCCAGUAA